AUGGUUACUUCCAACAAACAAGCGGAUAAAAAGGUUGUAAAAAUGGCUGAGCAGAAUAAUUCUGCCGUGGUGCCUCAAAGAACAUUACUUGGUGAAGUUAACGAGCAUAUUACGUGUCCACUAUGCCGAGGUUAUUACAUAGACGCAACCACCAUUGUCGAAUGUUUACAUUCUUUUUGUCGAAGUUGUAUUAUAAAACACUUACAAGUAAAGAGUUACUGCCCAGUUUGUGAAAUGAUGAUUAACUCUGCGAAGCCCAAUAUUAAGUUAGAUAAGGCUUUGCAAGACAUUGUUUAUAAACUAGUGCCUGGGUUAUUUCAAAAAGAAAUGGAACGACGUCAACAGUUUUAUGCAUCAAGACCAGGUCCAGCUGCAUCUGCUACUCCAGAACAAAGAGGCGAAGAUACAGAGCGAAUCAUAUUUAGCCCUGAGGAUGUUAUUUCAUUUUCUUUAGAAUACUCUGAUGCCACUGAUACGGACAGUAUAUCUAGUAAAUCUUCUGAUAGCAAUGAACCUCAACAACUCUCAGCUACUACAAGAAGAUAUUUGCAAUGUCCUGCUGUAGUAAAUAUUAAUCAUCUUAAAAAAUUUCUAAGUAUGAAAUUUGAUAUUGAUAGUACACAAUUUGCCAUUGACAUUUUAUAUAAAAGAGUACCUUUGCCUGACUAUUAUACCUUAAUGGACAUAGCCUAUAUAUACAAUUGGAAGAGAAAUGAGCCUAUGAGAUUUUUUUAUCAAAUUAUUGAUUAUGUUGCAAUAAGAAAUAGGCUGUUUGAUAUAAAUAGAAAAGGAUCACAUUUUCCUGAUAGAAAAUCAAGUCCUACUUGCACUGAAGAUACAAAUGUGAGUAGCCCAACACCAAAUCUUAAUGAUCACAUAUCUGAAGCAUCAUCAGGUGCCGGCAGUCCUAUGCCUGAUGAGAAUCUUAUGAAAAAGGCAGGAGAUUUGAAUAAGAAGAAUGAAUCAUUGGUUCCAAAACUAAGAGAGGCAAAAGAUUCAAAUUCUAGUAAUGAUAUGAGACCUCCCUCCCCUUUAAAGAAAAAUGAUGAUGAAGUUGAGAAAUCUCAAUUUUUAAAUUCAUUUGAAUUACAAGCAAAAAAUAACUUAACAUCAAAAUCUUCACCUUCUAAAUCUAAUAAUAUGGAAGGGGUACCAUCAUGUAAUGACAAUCCCUCUACCAAAUCUGUACCUAGUACAACAAAAACUGAAGAGAGCUUAAAAAGAAAGUAUGAAGUUUCUAAAACAUUGCCAGAGAUGAAAAAGAUUAAAAUUGAGAUAGAAAAGGCUAAGUUGCCAUUAAAUCAAACUGUUACUGCUCAUACGGUUUCAGCAAAAUCUUUGCAACCUAACACUCUAAAAACUUCAGAUAUAAAUAAUACUAAUAAAAAUAAAAAGCUUGAUGAUACUCCAAAAACAAGUGGAAUUAUUCCAAACAAUGCUAGUACUACCAAUACAAAUACUUCAGUAACUGGUAAAGAUAUAAAACAACAGCAACCGAUGCCAUCUCCAAACCCCCUGCAACUAGAGAGUCCUGGACAAAAAAGACCAGUGCCAGUUUCUCAAAUCAUAUCAUCUCCUAAACGAAAACCUUCAGAACCAACUGUUACACCACAGCCACCACCUAUAGUACAUAAGACAGUAUCUCCUCUAAAGUUACAAAUACCAAAACCUCAAGAAAAUCAUGCAAAUAUACAUAAGCCAAUUGAAACUCCUAAGCCCACUACCAAGAAAAUGCCAGAUUUAAAACCAAGUAUACCUGUUAAUCAAACCACCCAUAAUAAAGGACCUGCUGUGGGGAAACUAAGAAUGGAUCUUUUAGCAAAUAAUUGUGACCCUACAAUAGAUAGAAGUAAAAUAUUAUCACAAGUUAAAACAUCUCUUCCUAUUUCAAACCCAGGUCAGAGUUCUGGAGAUCCCUUAAAAUCUUUGUUUGAUUCAUGUAAAAUUAACAUUCCUUCUUCUCUAUCAAUUACUUUAACAGAUCAGAAAUUAGAGCCUCGUUCUUGCUCUGAUCCAUCCAGUUCUGAUCCUAAAAAAAGUAUAGUAAAUAAAAAUCUUACUACUGCUAGUAAUACUAGUGCACAUAAAGUACCAAGUCCACCUGUACAUAAUUAUAUUGAGAUACUAAAACUUCCUGAUAGUGAUCCUAAAAAACAAAACAAAGCUGAGAUCCCAAAUGAUAAAAUGAAUGCCAAUAAGACUGAGAACAAUACAAUACCUUCAAAACCACCUACAAAAUCAUCUGAAACAUCUGCCAAAGGCCCUGUACCUAAUUUAAAACCUAUUGCUGAUACAAAAUUAGGAAAACAGAGUGGCAAUUUUUCACCUCCUAUCACAUUUCAACAAACUUUUGAACAACAACUGCAAUCAAUGCAAACUGAUAAGAAACCCAAACUACCUAAAACUAAAACACAAGUACCGAAACUCGUUCCAGCUACUCCAAAAUCGUUUAGUGCUGCAAACAAACUUAAUAAUCCAAUUAACAAAGCAACUGCAUCCAUACCAAGUGCAGAGAACAAAACAAGCACGGCCCUUGAUUUGUCUACACCACAUAACAUACAAAGUCAAUUAGGUCCACAACAGACUAAGGCUUUUGAGACAAUGCAAUCUAUCGCAAAUUUGGCUAAAAAACAAAGUAUGCCAUCUAAAGGUUUACCUUUGGCUAUGUCACAACCUAAUGUAUUUUCAAAUAUGCCGAACAGGCCCUUAACAACUGCAUCUCAACCUUUAAGAGUUCCAAGUGCAAGUAGUAUUAAUCAAUUAAAACUCGAUAAGCUUAAUCAAAGUGGAUCACAAAUGAAUUCUCCUAGACAAGAGUCUACACAAAGGAAUAAUCAAGUUAAACAUGCACUUAAUGCAAGUUCCACCAUUCCAUCUCCGAGUUAUACUAGUAACUCCCCAUCUAACACGCAGCCUUCACCUAGAUCACAAACUCGCUCUCCAAGUUCUUCUCCUAAGUUAAUAAUCGCUGAAGAAAAACAGGCUAGUAGUUCAACAGAUCACAAUAAUAUUAAUCAAUCCAAUCAGAUAACAAGCACUCAGUUACCAAAUGCAAGCACUACAAAAACUGAAUCUCCCAAACCAUCACCAGGUCCUUCAAAACCUGGAUUGAAACCAGUUAAACCAUUGAUGCCUACAGGAAAAAUAACAGGUAUAAGACAGCCAAUCACUCCUAUGAGUUUAAAUCCCCAAAUGAGUACACCUACUGAAUUUCUUCCACAAUCACAGCUGAUUUCACAUGCAGUGCUGAGGCACCAAAUGGAAAUGCAAAAUGCUUGGCUUAAGGCUCAAAGGAAUUACGAUAUUUUUAAAAAUAUGUCUAAUAUGGCCCACCAAGCUCAGAAUUUUAACAAUAAAGAUAAGCAA